CUGAUUGGUUGUUUAUUUUGUGAGAAGGCAGAACAUCCGAUCUACAUGAGAAAACUGGCCAAUGGCCAACGUGCAUUAUUAGCCUUUUCGCUGCUGCAAAUAUGUCGAAAUUUUAUAUGCUUUUAUGCACAAAAAGGAAUCCACUUUUGAAAAAAUCGAUACCUCUAUAUUGAAAGGUACUUCAGUCUUACUUGCAAUUGUAAGUAUGACAGACCAUGGUAUUUUUUAUGAUUAGGUUAGAAAAUAUUACUAUGGAGAUGGGAAGCUUGUACAGCAAGAUAUGAAGCUGUCAUUUCUAGCUUGCUAGCAACGAUGCUAAUUUGAUACGUAUAACUUCGCUACAUACAUUCACUUAUUUUAUGCAUACCGUAUUGAGAAAUUAUUGCUUGGUUGUCACUUUUGCUCCAGGUGAUAUGAACUUAAUCUCAAUAGGUUUGUUUUCGAGCUGUGAAAUCAAUGUAUAUGGCUAUUGCGCAGCAUGAAAGCAAACACAUUUUGACAAUUUGUUACUGUUAGCUAGGUUAUGCACUUGUCAAACGUGCCAUAAUGUAAACAAUAGCUGUUUCGUUGUAUCUAGCGAAGUAACUGCAUUGUUUGGUGGAAAAACGCUUUAGAUCAGUGGCGGUCGGUGCCGUUUAAGAUGAGCAUGGCCUUAUUACUAUUACAGCACAUUGGACGACUGCCAUUCGUAUUCCAUUCACCCAGCUCAAUGUAACAUCGAUAGGUUUAGGCUACUACAUGAUACUCGAAUUUUCUCUAUACCCAUCACGAGGUUGCUACAACCUAGCCUAUGAAUUAAAGUUUACAACGUAGGUGCACAUGUUGAGAGAAAAAUGUGAGUAAUCAAGGUGACCGUGACACAUUCAAUACCGUCUUGCACACUUGCCUGCAUCUAGCUGAUCUAGGGUGUAAUCAUUAGUCCAGUUGCAAACUAGUGUUUCUAUUGGACAAAUUCAGUUAUGUUUAUUCCCGUUUUGUUACGUUUGCUUCCGUUUAAGAAACGUUUUUCAACAGAAUCGUCUAAAUGAAUACACAUCUGAUCACACGCAAACACAGUUCACUUUCAUAGCAGCCAUAUACAAGCAGCAUGAUCACUUUGCUCUUGUAUAAUUCCUUCUUGCAUCUACGCGUUCUCCUCCUCUCACCUUUUCAUUUCACGUGUGGACUUCAGUGUACAACACAUCAGCUGCCUGUGACCAGGCGAAAAAACCUUUCCAAGCCUAACCUUCAUAUCAUAACUGCUACACACAGCCUACAUUGUCACCAUAUUAGCUAACUUCAUAGUCAACAUAGCUAAUAGAAAUAACACGUUAGUAAGCCCGCUACAAUCAUGCAGUACAGUGAGUGUACAGUCAGGAAGCAGUUUAGCUAGCAGUUACACCGGCGGGCCCCGGUAGCAAUAAAUUAAUAAAACCAAAAGCUUACCUUGACUUGGAAGAGUUCCAUUGUUGGAAAGCCACAGCCAGCAAGCUAGCUAACAUAGCAUCCCUAUCUGUUUGAGUAGGCUAAACUAUCUAGCUGCAUUCGCUAGCUAAGUAAGUGAAAGUGAAAUAUAUAGCUAGCUCUCUCUUUUAAGAAUUAAGAAAUUAAUUUGUUCAAAACUGUUGAACUAUUGUCUUUCUCUCUCUUUGAGUCAACUACUCACCACAUUUCAUGCACUGCAGUGCUAGCUAGCUGUAGCUUAUGCUUUCAGUAUUAGAUUAAUUAUCUGAUUCUUUGAUUGGGUGCACAACAUGUCAGUUCAUGCGGUAAGAGCUCUGAUAGGUUGGAGGACGUCCUCCGGAAGGUCUCAUAAUUACUGUGUAAGUCUAUGGAAGGGGGUGAGAAACAUCAGCCUCCUAGGUUUUGGAUUGAAGUCAAUGUACCCAGAGGAGGACAGAAACUAGCUGUCCUCCGGGUACACCAUGGUGCUACCCUACAGAGUGCUGUUGAGGCUACUGUAGACCUUCAUCGCAAAACAGUGUGUUUUAAUACAUAAUUUGGUGACAUGUAAAUAUAUUUAGUAUAGUUUUAUCUAAAAAUGAUAACUUUUUAAAUGUUUCAUGAUUGAGAUUUAUCUGAAAUGCACUGAGGAGGCUGGUCCUCCCCUUCCUCCUCUGAGGAGCCUCCACUGCAUUUAGUUAGCAAAGACAGCUGGCUUGCUACCUGACAUCAAUGGUAUUAAUUGCGUAAUUAGUUUCAUACAUGUGUCAGCGGCUUAUUUGGAGAUGCAUGUUUUUUUGUUUUUUUUACCUUACCCAACAGACCUGGAUUUAGCAAGACUCUUUCUAUAUUGGUCUAUGUAAGGACUAGGAGAUCGUAACAUUGAAUUACACUAUUUCUAGGUGAUUGUGAUGCUGCUGGGGCAGAGAGUUUCAUUAUUAAUGACAAUGACCAAUAGAAUCCACCGUGUUUUCAUGUGUUCUGCAUCUGAGAAUUUGUGUGUGAGUGUGUGUUUUUCUUCCAGGGUGUGAUUACUUGUUGCAGCCCAGAGGAAACUGCCAGACGGCAAGCCUUCAUUCCAGACAUCCCAGUUACAGUGUUAGGUAUGGCAGGAGAGCCCUGGGAAUCCAAAUAGUGUAGAGUCAAUGGAUAAAGAGUGUGCAUAGAAGGUGGAAAAUAUGUCUUACAGUAACAGGGAACUGGUGGUGUUUUUUAUAAGCUAUAAACUGUCCCAGAGAAAUUAUCCAUGUUGUCAAUUGGUGCUGGAGGGUGCAAGUGGACGGACUGAGGGGGAAGAAGCCAUUGCAAAUGGGUCUUUGGGGAACAACAGGAAUGGCAGAAGCAAUUUGGGUAAGCCUUCAUCUCCACAGGGGGGCAUUGAGGCAGUGAAAGCAGCACUACGGGACUCAGUGGAUGAGUUUGAGCUGCGCUACACCCGCGCCUUCAGUGACCUUUCCUCCCAGCUCCACAUCACCCCUGCCACAGCCUACCACAGCUUUGAGAGCGUGAUGGACGAAGUGUUCAGGGACGGGGUCAACUGGGGUCGCGUGGUGGGCCUGUUUGCUUUCGGCGGGGCCCUGUGCAUUGAGUGUGUUGAGAAGGAUAUGAGCCACCUGGUGACGCGCAUCGCAGACUGGAUGGCCACCUACCUGGACAACCAUAUCCAGCCCUGGAUCCAGAGCCAAGGAGGAUGGGUAGGUUAGAGCUGAUACUAUACAUCCAAACAUUAUACAUCCUUGUUACAGGCUUUAGUAAUACAUUCUCAUUGUCAACACUAUGGUGUGUGUGUGUGUGUGCCUCCUUUGCUGCACCCACUCAGAGAAAUUGAAGAUACUAUGAUAGACUACACUAAAGGGAGAAGCUACAGUGGGGUAUGGGGGCACACUGAUGGGUUGUGAACACAUAGUUCACUGUAUGUAUCUUCCUCUGUCUCUGUUCCCUGAAAGGACUGUUUUGCGGAGAUCUUCGGCAGAGAUGCAGCUGCAGACGUCCGACGGUCCCAGGAGAGCUUAAGAAAAUGGCUGCUAGUUGGGGUGAUGCUGCUUUCAGGAGUACUGGUCGGCACUCUCAUCAUGAAGAAACGCCAGUGAGUGGUGGAAUACAAGCAACAUCUGCUUUACCCCCAGCACAUAUAAACGCAAAAUCAAUGAAAAUAGAACUUAAUAGUUUGUUUACAUAAGCCCAGUCUGCUUGUGCACUGACAGAAACCUGAUUAAUAGCCCUGGCUAUUGCAGUUUUUGGGCAAUCAAUAUGUAGCUUGGUGAGCUGUUUUACUGAUUGCGUCUCAUGUCCUGCGCCCUUCUUUUUACAUUUUAAAAGUGAUAUGUAAAAUAACAUUUUAUGAUAUUUUUCAUAUUAUUGGUUUUAUUUUUUAUUCUUUACCUUGGUAAAGGGUGUUGCAUUCGAGACUGGAGAUGCUUUAAAUGGACCUGAUAAGCUAAGAGUGAAUGGGAAAAAUGCAGCUGGUGUGAUAGAUUGUUUUCGUGUUUUUAGGUUUGUGUGUUACCCUGUAUACCCUAGGACCAACUACAGACAUUCUUUCCAAAUGGACAUUUGACCAAUUACAUUGAAGAUUCUAAAAUAUUGUUUUUAUUUAGUUUGCUCCAAGAUGUUAAACCAAACCUCUGUUUUCAUUUGACAUUUUCUUAAAAUGUUCUGUUCCUUAAUGUGCUGAAGUUUCAGGCAUGCUCUAAAUAAUAAAAC